CAAAACAAUGCAGACAUUGAAUGAUGACUAAAUUCAAAAAGUAUUUUCUUGUGUUGAGUGGGAGAGGGCUAUUAGAAGUAUGAGUAAUAUUUGCAAAAUCUAUAACAAAAAAAAGCAUUUAAAAAUUAUAUGGCCGUCUGAGUACUUCAGUUCAAAGGCCACUCAGCAUUCUUUAGAACAGGGAAUAAAAGAACCUGCAAAGUAGUAACUUAUAGCCGCCCUAAAAGCAUGUACAGGCUCCCUAACUGAAAGUUAUCUAUCAUCUUCCCACUGUGAAAUUUUAAGUGCACGAUGUGAUUCUAAGCACGAGCACAUAAGCAAUAGAAAUGCAGGAUUUUAUGGUUUCCUGCUGUAGAACAAAAAGCAACAGUCUGAAGAAAAUUUUUUAAAAGUUCAUGAUGCGUCUCUAUUUUCCGUAGGCCUCUAAAUCUGCAAUUGCCUCGUUUAUUAAAGACUCAGAAGUGAAAAGAAGGCUCAGAAAUGAUCUUAGCCACCACUUACACCUUAACCCAUCUUACAUGCUAAUUUUUUUUCUCCAUGCUAAUUUUUAAGCAACAGUGUCAGAUAUGCUUAACUGUACACACGUUCUUGAACUCUUAAAUGGUUUUCCAGAUAGCCACUGAGGGAGUACACUCCUGUGCCCCUACUUGGCCUGCUCUUUGAGAAUGCAGGUAAAGAACUCCCACCCUCCCUCUCCCUUCUCCCUCGGCAACGCGAAACAGGCUAGGCACGCUCACGUGACGCUAAUGACGUCAGCCCCCUCUGGGUCGCGUGACCCACAGCCAACCUUCCUACCGCCCCACCCCCUCGCCACUGGCGUGGGACAUCUCGCGAGAAGCCUUCUUACUAUCAGAACUUGCUGAGGUUACAGGGGAGUUACUCUGGAGAGGAAGGAAGGUGUGGCAGAGUGGUGCACUUUUGGGUUUCAUUAUGUUAGAGUUUAUGAUCAAGCAAAUGCUUAUGGGGAUCGCCCUAGUCGGGAAAAGGGGAGAGAAGGGCGAAGACGUGACAGUAAAAACUGAAGCGAAACGUGGUGCCCUGACCAUCUUUGCCCCUAGCUAAGGGACAGCCGGGCGCAGCAGAGGUGGCCAAGGCUGGCAGCCCCAGGCAGUAGCUGCGAGCCGGGGGACGUUGGACCCGGGUCUGGGAGCAGUAAACGCGAACCGCGCCCAGAUGCAAGGGUUGCUUCCCUCUCUCGGCUUCCCCGGCCUCGCGGCCAUCCCGCCCGGGUAGAGGCAUCCGGGUUGUGGGAGCUUCGAGUGGUCUCUCAUCUUUCCGCCCUUCGUGGGUCACUGCGACAUCUCAGUCCCGUCCCCUUAAGCGCGCUCCCUGCUGCUCCGCGCAUCUCCCUUCGGUCUCCCUAGACGGCUGCGGGAGAGCAGCCCGAAGGGACGCGGCUGGAGUCGCUAGAGGGAGGUGUGGGGCCGCCGAGGAGGGGGCUUCGCUGGGCGGGGAGAGGAGGGAGGAGGCGCCGGGGAGGAGCCGCGGCUGCCAGCUUCGCCCGAGCCGAGCGAGCGCACUCUGUCGCCCCGCGGGUUCCCAGCCUUGCGGCCCCGUGGAGAGGAGGGAGCGCGGGCCACCAGCGCCUCCUCUGCCCGCUGGAACGACCGGCUGGGUGUUCACUCGGCCGCUGCCGCCCGCCACUCCGGGCGCUGCGUUGAGCUCUCCGUGCGGCCUCGGUGACCGCGGCAACCCCUCCUGACACCUCUCCCCCGCCCCUUCGGGAGCCCUCGGCCCGGCCACCGCGGCGGGAGGAGGAGAGGACAAGGGAUCGCGGAGCGGGCUGGUCUGGCCACCUCGCCCCGCGCGCCCCGCCCCUGCGCGCACUCCCUCGCCGGCGAGCUACUUUCGGACACGGAAAGUGAGGGCGGCCCCGGGUGACAGCGCGGCGGCGCCAGUCCCGGGAAGCCAGGUCUGUUCGCGUGUCGCCCGUCGCACUGUCCAGACCCCGCCAUGGCUUCGACCACCACCUGCACCCGGUUCACCGACGAGUAUCAGCUCUUUGAGGAGCUCGGAAAGGGGGCGUUCUCAGUGGUGAGAAGAUGUAUGAAAAUCCCUACUGGACAAGAGUAUGCUGCCAAAAUUAUCAACACCAAAAAGCUUUCUGCUAGGGACCAUCAGAAACUGGAAAGGGAAGCUAGAAUCUGCCGUCUCUUGAAGCACCCCAAUAUUGUGAGACUUCACGACAGUAUAUCGGAGGAGGGCUUCCAUUACUUGGUGUUUGACUUAGUGACUGGUGGCGAACUGUUUGAAGACAUAGUGGCAAGAGAAUAUUACAGUGAAGCUGAUGCCAGUCAUUGUAUACAACAGAUUCUAGAGAGUGUAAAUCAUUGUCACCUAAAUGGCAUAGUUCACAGGGACCUGAAGCCUGAGAAUUUGCUUUUAGCUAGCAAGUCCAAAGGAGCAGCUGUGAAGCUGGCAGACUUCGGCUUAGCCAUAGAAGUUCAAGGCGACCAGCAGGCAUGGUUUGGUUUUGCUGGCACACCUGGGUAUCUUUCUCCAGAAGUCCUGCGUAAAGAUCCUUAUGGAAAACCAGUGGAUAUGUGGGCAUGCGGUGUCAUCCUCUACAUCUUGCUGGUGGGAUACCCACCCUUCUGGGAUGAAGAUCAGCAUAGACUGUAUCAGCAGAUCAAGGCCGGAGCUUACGAUUUUCCGUCACCAGAAUGGGAUACAGUGACACCUGAAGCCAAAGACCUCAUCAACAAAAUGCUGACCAUCAACCCUGCCAAACGUAUCACAGCCUCUGAGGCCCUGAAACACCCAUGGAUCUGUCAACGCUCUACUGUUGCCUCCAUGAUGCACAGGCAGGAGACUGUAGACUGCUUGAAGAAAUUUAAUGCUAGACGGAAACUGAAGGGCGCCAUCUUGACAACUAUGCUGGCUACGAGAAAUUUUUCAGCAGCCAAGAGUUUAUUGAAGAAACCAGAUGGGGUAAAGAUAAACAACAAAGCCAACGUGGUAACCAGCCCCAAAGAAAAUAUUCCUACCCCGGCGCUGGAGCCCCAAACUACUGUAAUCCACAACCCUGACGGAAACAAGGAGUCAACUGAGAGCUCAAACACCACCAUUGAGGAUGAAGACGUGAAAGGUAUGGGGGCACGUUUCCACACUGUCUGCAUUUGAAGACUGUCCUCUGGUUUGUGGCUGUAGCCACGGUUUGCAGGGCCUGUCGCUGUAUGCCACAAUGCCUCUCCACCUCCUAACACAUCCAGCACACCAUUGCUCAGCGUCAGCUCCUUCCUGAUGAGCACACGUCUGUUGGCUCCACCUGAUGUUCUUUCCCAGCAUGCCAGAGUGUGUGUCACCUGUGGAAGUUGGGCUUCUGUAUGUCCUUAUCAUCUGUCACUCAUCCUGCUCCCGGCAUGUCACUUCGGCUCACCACUCAGCAGCCACUCACUCGGAUCUCUUGCUGCAUGCCAUCUACCUUGCGGCUCUAGUCCAGUGCAGCUCAGCGUAACAAGCAGAAAUCGGUACCUCUGAGGUUAACUGGCAGGGGCUGCAUCCUUGCUGAAUGCUUUGUCUAUUUCCUGGGGUGAUGGUAAAGACGUUGUAUAGGAUGCUUCCAGAAGGCCCUGUUACAGACAAAGAUGUUGGAGCCUUAUCACCUGCAUGGGAUCUGGUGUCUGAUAACACACAUUGUCAGCUCCUGAGCUAAUCUAUCAAUCUCUUGGUGAAUGAGCUUGGUGCAUGUGUCCUGUCAAUCUGCAAGUUAGUAUACAGUGUGUUCGACGACAUCUUAGACUCAGUGACCCUUGUGGUCUUGAGGAAUACCUUCCUUUCUGUGAGGGGCUUCCUGGGGCAGAGGGUCAAUUAGUGCUGCUCUGCUUCAGACCUGCAUGCUACUUGUUCCUCAGAGCAUCUCCUGCUUGCACUUCCCACUUGCAGAAGACAUAGGAAUUAAGAAACCCCUUUGUUUCAGGAUUGGGGAUCAACCAAGAGUGUCUUAGACAGCCUGCAGAAUAUACAGGAAUUGCUUUUAGAUUUCUAAUCCGCAGCUUGGCUUUGAGUGUUUUUAAAGAAAAUAAUUCAUCCACAUGCAUAUACUUACCUGCAAAUCUUUAGAUUCUUAAAGAAUCAGAAAUACAGAAUUCAUGCAGAAUUUACUCCACUCUAACCUGCAGUGCAUAAACAUUUUCCUUUUCUUUAGAUUUUUCUUCUUCCUAGCCAUUCCCCUAGUUUACCUAAAACAAUAUAGACUUGCUGUUUCUCUUGGUAUCAGCUGCCUCCUGUCAAGCUUGAAUCUGGUGGCUGUCAGUGCUCAUGUACCUCAAGCUUGUAUUAGUAGCCCUUCUGACAAAACACAGGAUCAAGCUGUUGCUGGACCAGUUAAGACAAAGAGAGAGCCUAGGAGAACUACAUUUCAAUAAUAGGGAAAAAAUUGAUUAUUUAUUUUAGUAAACUGUUGGCUUAGAGGUUCUAUGAAUAGCAUUUUUUUUGCAAUUUUAUAAAAGUUAGUUAUUUUAAAAUCCUUUAUGAGACCCUGGGCUCAACCCCCAUUACUGGAAUAUAUAUGUAUGUAAAAAAAUAAUAUAGCAUUAUUUUACAAAAUGUUCCAUGAAUAAAAAACACAUAUACAGCCAGGAACCACACAUACAUCUUUCUCAUCUGCAAAGUCAAACAAGGAUCCAAUUUUUUUUUUCGAGGUGAGGGAGGUGCUCUGUCCCAAAUAAAAGCUGUCAAGAAAAGUCAAGCAAAACAAUGCUGAGUGUGCAUGGCAUCACCAUUCUCCAAGCCAAGCAGGACAGGUGUUUGCGCAGGAUUCGCCUUUACACCAUGUUAGGUAGUGUAAGAUUAUGGAGGUGACCUAUAUGAACAGACAGGGGUGUAGGCAGGUCACAUUCAAAGCUAUCCCAUUUUAUACAGAGGACUUGGGCCUCCUUAGAUCUUGUUGUCUGCAAGCAUCUGGGAAUUCUCUGUGGGUGUAUUUUAAGAUCCCAUCUAUGAGCUUCUAAACCUUGAUUAGGUUAUGAUUUCUCUCUGCUUACAAUAGACUUCUAAUAGCAUAAUUCAGAUCCUGAAAUCAAUGCCGUAGCCUUUUAAGCUUUUUUCUAUACUACAGUGAUGUAACACUGUUAACAGAUUGUUACAAGAUCUAAUUUUUGAAGCAUAUGCGAGUAUGCAUUUUGAAACAGAAUAUUAUAAAACAUUAUCGAUGUUAGCUAUGUAAGCUACCCAAAAUGAUAAAAAAUAUGUUUAAUUCCCAGCUGAAAAAUAUAAAACAGUUCAAUAAAUUGUAGAAAAUAUGUUUAUAAUCUGAAGAAUCUAAUAGCAUACAUACAUAUGUUGUCAUUUGCACUAUAAAUACAUUAACACUAUAAACUAUAACUAUAUAACACUAUAAACUAUAAAGACUAUAAACACAUUCUAGUACAAGCUAUUAUGGGGGCACAUUUAAUUUUCUAAAAUUAUCAGUCAUGCAAAAUUGUGAUAAAAUCUAGGGGCUGAAGAUUUGGAUUCAUGGGGGUGUGGACCUAGAUUUGAAUCCCCAGGACCCACAUAGGAGCAGAUUGCACAUAUCUGUUAUCCUAAUGGGGAGGUAGGAAUUGGAGACUGAAGAACCCCAAGAAGCUCUCAGGCCUCCAAGCCUGGUGUACAGAGCUAAAGAAUACCAAACAGAAUCUGUCUCAACCCAGGUAGGAGUGAAGAACAAAGCCUGAGGUUAUCCAUUGACCUCACAGGGACCCAACAUGUAAAUAAAACAACUUUUUAAACUGGAUAUCUAAAGCCAAUAGUUGAACUCAUUGUUCCUGUAUAGAAGUUAAAUCUAAAUUAUUUACUGGUUUUCUUACUAUGGAUUUUGUAUAAUUCUUUAGUUACUUAAAAGUCUAUCUCCUUCUGAGCAUGUACUGUUUUCUACUAAUAAAUAUAUCUGAAAGUUCUGUAAAACUA